CGGGAGGCGCGCUCUGCGCAGGCGCGCAGUGCCCCGCCUCCCUAGCGUCGGCUCCCGGGCAGGCAGCGCGGGCCCUCCCACUCUCCCCCGCGCUGCCUCACGGCCCCGGCCCUCGCUUCACCCCGACACCCCGGCGUGCGCGUCCUCUUGCCGGCCUGCAGGCCCAGGGCCUCCGCUUGCCAGCCCGCCGCUUCUCCUCGCGGCCCCGGCUCGCGUUCACGCUGUCGCCCGGGCCGGCGCGGCCGCGGACAACCGCUCCCCCUCCCACACCUACCCCGCCCCCUCCCCGCCUUUUCCGCCCUCCUGUCCCCCUCCCUCGGCCCGCCGCCGCUGCUCCAGAUGAGGUGAUGGCAACGGCCAACUUCGGCAAGAUCCAGAUCGGGAUUUACGUGGAGAUCAAGCGGAGCGAUGGCCGAAUACAUCAAGCAAUGGUAACAUCUUUAAAUGAAGAUAAUGAAAGUGUAACUGUUGAAUGGAUAGAAAAUGGAGAUACAAAAGGCAAAGAGAUUGACCUGGAGAGUAUCUUUUCACUUAACCCUGACCUUGUACCAGAUGAAGAAAUUGAGCCCAGUCCAGAGACACCCCCACCUCCAACAUCCUCAGCUAAAGUAAACAAAAUUGUAAAGAAUCGACGGACUGUGGCUUCUGUUAAGAAUGAUCCUCCUCCAAGAGAUAAUAGAGUGGUUGGUUCUGCACGUGCACGGCCUAGUCAGCUUCCUGAACAGUCUUCCUCUGCACAACAGAAUGGUAGUGUUUCAGAUAUAUCUCCAGUUCAAGCUGCAAAAAAGGAAUUUGGACCCCCUUCACGUAGAAAAUCUAAUUGUGUGAAAGAAGUAGAGAAGUUACAAGAAAAACGAGAAAAAAGGAGACUACAACAGCAAGAACUUAGAGAAAAAAGAGCCCAGGAUGUUGAUGCUACAAACCCAAAUUAUGAAAUUAUGUGUAUGAUCAGAGACUUCAGAGGAAGUUUGGAUUAUAGACCAUUAACAACAGCAGAUCCUAUUGAUGAACAUAGGAUAUGUGUUUGUGUAAGGAAACGACCACUCAAUAAAAAAGAAACUCAAAUGAAAGAUCUUGAUGUAAUCACAAUCCCUAGUAAAGAUGUUGUGAUGGUACAUGAACCAAAACAAAAAGUAGAUUUAACAAGGUACCUAGAAAACCAAACAUUUCGUUUUGAUUAUGCCUUUGAUGACUCAGCUCCUAAUGAAAUGGUUUACAGGUUUACAGCUAGACCACUGGUGGAAACAAUAUUUGAAAGGGGAAUGGCUACAUGCUUUGCUUAUGGGCAGACUGGAAGUGGAAAGACCCAUACGAUGGGAGGUGAUUUUUCAGGAAAGAACCAAGAUUGUUCUAAAGGAAUUUAUGCUUUAGCAGCUCGAGAUGUUUUUUUAAUGCUAAAGAAGCCAAACUAUAAGAAGUUAGAACUUCAAGUGUAUGCAACCUUUUUUGAAAUUUAUAGUGGAAAGGUGUUUGACUUGCUGAACAGGAAAACAAAAUUAAGAGUGCUCGAAGAUGGAAAGCAACAGGUUCAAGUGGUGGGAUUACAGGAACGGGAAGUCAAAUGUGUUGAAGAUGUACUGAAACUCAUUGACAUAGGCAACAGUUGCAGAACAUCCGGUCAAACAUCUGCAAAUGCACAUUCAUCUCGGAGCCAUGCAGUAUUUCAGAUUAUUCUUAGAAGGAAAGGAAAACUACAUGGCAAAUUUUCUCUCAUCGAUUUGGCUGGAAAUGAAAGAGGAGCUGAUACUUCCAGUGCAGACAGACAAACUAGGCUUGAAGGUGCUGAAAUUAAUAAAAGCCUUUUAGCACUCAAGGAGUGCAUCAGGGCCUUAGGUAGAAAUAAACCUCAUACUCCUUUCCGAGCAAGUAAACUCACUCAGGUGUUAAGAGAUUCAUUCAUAGGUGAAAACUCUCGUACCUGCAUGAUUGCCACAAUCUCUCCAGGAAUGGCAUCCUGUGAAAAUACUCUCAAUACAUUAAGAUAUGCAAAUAGAGUAAAGGAGUUUGGAAUUAGUCCAUCAGACAUUCCCUUCUCACAGGGUAGUGGCAGUCGCCCUGAUCUCUCUCCUUCUUAUGAGUAUGACGACUUUUCUCCUUCAAUUACCAGGGUGAAAGAAUUGACUGUGGAUCCAACUGCUGCUGGUGAUGUCCGUCCAAUAAUGCAUCAUCCACCAAAUCAGAUUGAUGACCUAGAGGCACAGUGGGGUGUGGGGAGUUCCCCUCAGAGGGAUGAUCUAAAACUUCUUUGUGAACAAAAUGAAGAAGAGGUUUCUCCACAAUUGUUUACUUUCCAUGAAGCUGUCUCACAAAUGGUAGAAAUGGAAGAACAAGUUUUAGAAGAUCACAGGGCAGUGUUCCAGGAAUCUAUUCGAUGGUUCGAAGAUGAAAAGGCUCUCCUGGAGAUGACUGAAGAAGUAGACUAUGAUGUAGAUUCAUAUGCUACGCAACUUGAAGCUAUUCUUGAGCAGAAAAUAGACAUUUUAACUGAGCUGCGGGAUAAAGUGAAAUCUUUUCGUGCAGCUCUACAAGAGGAAGAACAGGCCAGCAAGCAAAUCAACCCAAAAAGACCCCGUGCCCUUUAAAUCAGCAUUUGCUGCUAACAGAUCCCUGGAACCCUCGCUACUGUAACAUACAAUGGUUCAGCUAUAAGGGCCAUUUGACAGUUUGAAAUUUUAAGUGUCUGUGGAAAAUGUCUUGUCUCUUCACCUGAAUGACAUUUCAAUUUUGUGAAACACUCCUUUGUCUAAAAAAUGCUUCUACUCCAAGAUGCACAACCAAGAUUUGGGAAUAGUGAAACAUUUUGUUUCAUUUACCCAAAUAGUGAUUUACUUUUGGAGAUCCUUGCCAAUUUUAUUUUCUGUAUGAUGAAGUAAGAUUGUGGACUUGAUCCAGAGCUGAAUAGUAGGGGGAAGCCACAGCAUUUCCUUUUAACUCAGUUCAGUUUUCAUAGCAGGACUGAGCAGUUUUAAAUUCUUUCUGUGCAUGCAUACCUCAUCAGUGAUUGUACAUACCUUGCCCACUCCUAGAGACAGCUGUGCUCACCUCUUCCUGCUUUGUGCCUUGACUAAGGCUAUUGACCCUAAAUUUCUGAAGCACAGCCAAGAUAAAUUACAUUCCUUAUUUGUCAGUGUAAAUUACCUUGAUUGUGUGUACAUUUUUACUGUAAUUGAGACAUUUUUUGUGUGUGACUAGUUGAUUUUGCAGGAUGUGCCAUAUCAUUGAAUGGAACUAAAGUCUGUGACAGUGGACAUAGCUGCUGGACCAUUCCAUCUUAUAUGUAAAAAAAUCUGGAAUUAUGAUUUUAAAACAAUAACAACAUGGUUAUGAUUUUCUUAGCAUUUUCUUUGUAAAGAACUAAAAUAUAAACUAGUUGGUGUAUAAUAAAAAGUAAUAAAAUUCUGAAAAGAGUUUUAUCUUAGGAUAAUACAUAUAUAUACAGUGUGUGUUCCAGUGUGGUAUUAACAAGAUUAAUAGUGCAGUUUGAUCUGUACCUAUACCAUUACUUAAGUUGAAGUAUCCAUUAGCACCCCAAAAUAUACCCUUUAAAUGUACUGUUAAAGGAAAUUGGCUUCUGAUGCAUGAACAUGUACAUUGAAAGUAGUCCAUAAUAGAACUGUUAGUUUACGCUAAAUGUAGACAGUACAUAACUCUCUAGAAAAAGGAUUUACACUAAAAAGUUGACUUUGCCUUAAAAGGCAGAUCUAACCCAAUCUCCACCCAUUACCUAAUGUAUGAUGUUUCACCAUUAUUGGGUGAGAAUCUCCACAUUCUCACCAAUAAAUUUGGUCAAGGGCAUGCUACUUUUUAAUGGUGGCUCUUAUUUUUACAGAUUGCUAUUCCAAGGAAGAAAACUGGCCACUUUUCAUGUAAAUAUUUUGUUAAAAGAUUUAUCUCUCUAGGAGUUUUCUCUCAGUUCCCAUGAUAGUGUCUAGGAAGUACAUUAACAACAACAGAAAGUCUCCCAAGGAUACCUUGCUUUGAUUUACUCCGGGGAACUACCAGCUCAUUUGUAUGGGCUAAAGGGAAGCAAUGAAUAGAGAGUCAUAUGAGCCAGAUUCCCUAACUUCACUGUCCAUAGAACUCAGAGGGUAGUUGUGGGAAAUCCUAACACCAUGGUGAAAAGCUCCUCUGUAAACUUGAAACCUAGGACAAAUGUAGAUUUUCACAGUGUGCUUAUUAUUAAUAAAUUAAAUAUAUGGAAUGAGUUUUAGAGACAGUUUACUUCAAUACAAUCACUUUUGUUUUUGGAAGGGACUCAGGUUUUCUUGCAGCUGUAAGAUAUGUUCUAUUUGUGUUUAUUUCAAGAAGAGGAAGAAUGGAGAACAGUUACUAUUGACCUUAUAGAAGCUGUUUGAAAAAGGUAGUUUCUGAGCCUAAUUGACCUUCAAAGGGCAAUAAAGAGAUAUGUGAAUUUGCUCAUUUUAAAGCACAAGAGAUUAGUCUUAAUUUAUUACUUAAAUUAGAAAGGUACUAUCUCUGGAAGGUCUCCUCAUAUUCAAAUAUGCUGCCUUAAAAUAUAAUAGCUUCAUUUUGAUUCAUAUUCAAGGUAUAUUAAAAAAUUAGUACCAGAAAAAAUUAUUGGUAGUAUAAUCCAUUCUUCAGUUUUACAAAUAGGGAAAUCUGAAGGCUAUAAAAGGGACUAAAACUCAGCAGUUCAUAAGGGACAGGGAAAUAGAAAUGUGAAUUAAAUCUUAAAUUUUCCUUUAAGAAUAGAGAUGGUACAAGUGAAGUUUGCAAAGUAAACAGUUUGUGAAAUUUUGAAAAAAACCUCAAGGUUUAUGUAGUAUUUAUGUAACAAAAGUGGCUUUAUGCAGCUAUUAUUUAAAGAAUAACUUACAUUUUUUGGAUCUGGGUUAAACAUUCUUUAAUUUCUCAGACUUGAAUCUGAUAUCCCUAUUAAUAACUAAAAAUAAUACAUUAUUUUAGUUACAUAGGAAUAUUUAAUACAUCACUUUGAAGCCAGAUUUCUAAAAACAUCUGUUUCGGCAAACAUCUAUCUUCCUUUCUACGUGCACUCAGUGAACCUUUGUUAAAAUAAUUGGAAACACUCCUAUUAAGUUAGGUAUAAAGAAAGCCAAAUAUCAUUGAAAAUAUUUUUAUUAAUCUCCUUAUAUUAAAGAAAUCAGCUAUAUAAAUCUGUUAUAAGACAUAAACAAUAUUUAGUAUAUUGCUGAUAAUGAUUUAAACAUUGUAGCUAAUUAAGACAUUUAUGACAUCUAUUAAAUUCUCAACCUAACAGUUUAGUCCUUUUUUUUGUUUUGUUUUGUUUUGUUUUGUUUUUUGGUCCUUUUAGGGCCGCACCCACAGCAUAUGGAGGUUCCCAGGCUAAGGGUCUAAUUGGAGCUACAGCUGCCGGCCUACACCACGGCCAUAGCAACGCCAGAUCUGAGCUGUGUGCGACCUCCACUACAGCUCACGGCAAUGCCGGAUCCUUAACCCACUGAGAAAGGCCAGGGAUGGAACCCACAACCUCGUGGUUCCUAGUCGGAUUGUUUCUGCUGUGCCAUGACAGGAACUCCAAACCUAACAUUUUAACAAUAGCUUAAAACUAAGCAUCAGAUAUGUAAAAAAGUACUGAGAACAUGUGACUGUGGCAAAAUGGCUAGUUGGGGUUUUGGGGUUUUUUUGAAACUGAAAAGCAUAGAACUUUAAAGCCAGUUUUGAUUUCUAAAAACCCUUUGAAAUUUUGUUAAACCUAUUAUGACUCCCCAAGAAAAAAAAAAACAUAGAGUCUUAGAGUUCAUUUCAUUCUAGUUGAGCAUCAUCCUCAUUUCACAAGUAAGGAAUCAAGCCCAGCAGUAAUGUGCCUGGCACCACACAGUUGGCGGUAGCAGACUCAGGCUUACAGAGAACCCUGAUGUUUAUAGGGUAAACAGAAAGAAUGAGAGAAGCAAAAUAACAUUUUAAGAAAUAAAUGCUUUACUAUACAAAUGACUAACAAGAAGAAAUGGUAUGGGGACUAUGUGACUAAGCAUAGUUUGACUUUUUUAUGACUUGGACAGAGGAAUAAAGAGCUAAAAACCUAAAAAAUUAGAUCUUCGCAGUAAUAUAUAACGUAGAAAAUAGAAAUGUAACAUUUAUGCAAUACACUGUUAGAAAUAAUCUUAAGUGUAAAGUUGUGCGUGUCUGCGGCUCUUGAACUUGAAGAUUAUCAUGUAUAAACUGGGUCCUUCCUUUAUUUAUUAAAAUCAAGCCCCCCCAAGAAAUCCUUGGAUACUUAGAACUGAUUUCCUUAAAAAUUCAGAGUAAUAAAUGGUGACAACUGUAAAUCAAAAAUAGUCAAGCACAUAAGUGUUCAAGCAUAGUUCAUCUUACAUUACUAAGAAUAUAUAAUUCCACUUUCUUCUCUUGAAUUUGAAAACUUCUUUGUUGCAGAUACCUAAGAAAAAUGGAUACCUUCUGCAUUGAAUCCAUGUAGCAGUCUGAAAAAAGAAAUCAAAAUGGGAUGGAAUUGAAAUGCUAAUUUGUAGCAAGUAACAGUGCAUACAUAGUCCCUAUACCAUGAAUUCUAAAACAUACAUUAGCAAAAACAUGAAGCAAGCCCAGUCACUCCAGCACUAGUUAUUAAAGAAACUAUUCUUUAGCUAAAUUUAUGUGAUAUAUAUUGGUUAAAACCACAUCACUUUGGUGUCUCUUCUAUCAUAGCCUAUGUCUUAAAGGCACGAUUAACUUAUCUAAAAUGAUCUUAGACCUAUACUAUCCCUGACCUAAGCACAUUGGCAUUUGUUCCAUUUCAAUGUGAGUAAAAGUGAAGCUAUCUGGAAUUAGAGGCAGAAGAGAGAUGAACGGCUAAUAGGUGUCCAUUCUUCCUCUGAACUUACUGUUGAGGUUCAAAUACUGCACACUGCUUCUCUCUGGAUACCUAUGUACUUAGCAGAUCCUAGUUAGCAAACUUCAUGCUCAGUAAAACCUUGAAGAAAAUUAAUAAGACUGAAGGAAAAUAAAAUGAAAUAUUUCUAUUUAGACCUUCCUGAGAUUAUUUUCAGGAUGGCCCAUAGGAACCAUCAAGAUCAGUUAAGAUAUCUGAAAAGGAAAGACAGGCGCUUAGGAAUUCAACUCCUAGGAUUAACAGGUAAUAAAGAAAGACAGUAAUGCUACUAGGCUGCCAAUAAAACAGAAACACUGUCUUAGUUACAAACAACUGUGUUUCUAACAGAGAAGUCAAACCAAUGACUUUUAUAACAAUCUACCCUCUUUUUUUCAGCCUCUAGACCAUGGAAGCUUCAAAAAUGAAUUGGCUAAACAGUCAAAAAUUUAUGGCUUAUCAGGAAAUCAAAGUGCAAAUACUUAAAAACAAUGAAAACAAUAAUUACCUGGGUAAUUUGACACCUUGCUCUCCUUUCCUAAGAUUUAUUUGUUCAAUCCAAGGAAAAUUAAUUUUGGAUUACACUGCCCAGAUAAUUAUAACACCCUUCUUUUACUUCAGGUGUGUAGAACUGCCUCAGUGUAUAAAAUAAGUUACUACAUUACAGAGCCAAUCAGAAAUGAUAACCAGAUAUGACUGUAACCAAUAUUAUUUCAUAAUUAUUAGCUACUCAAUAACAAAAAAAGAAAGCUCUAACUAUAUGUAUUAUGAUUCUUCUACCUUACAGGCUACUUUUGAAGAGGCAAACUAUUGAGACUCUGAAUGGGAGUUGGGGGAGGGGGCUGGAGAGGAGCAGAUAGACCACAAGGCAUUGCCACAGAGGUUAUCUCCAGGCUUGGACUGUUCUUAAGGAAAAUGUUCAUUCUGCUGCAGCUAACUAGCCUCCAUCUUUUUACACCAAAUACUAUUCCAUGUCAUGGAAGUGCUAUGCAAUAACUCCCAGGUAGCACCUUAUACCGCUUAAAAGCCUUUAAAUUUCUAAUCUGAAAGUAUGACAGUAAAGAAAUGUAAACACGUAGGAAAAGAAAAUUGUAAUUACCUGAUGAAGUCAUCUAUGUCCAUGGAACGGGCCCGCUUGUCACUAAAACCUGUGCUGGUUAGGAUUUGCUGUAUUUUAUCUGCUAUGCUGAAAUCUUCUGGUAUUAUCUAUCAAUAUAAGAUUCAGAAUAAAUGAACAACAUAUCUUUAAUGAA